CAAUUUAAACACCGUCGUCGCUAUGAGCUCUCGUCCUGCAUGGUAGGACUGCUAGGCAUUGCCUUGAUGCUCGUGGAAAACGAAAUUGUGGAGCGCAAUGACAAAAUAUCGUCAAAAUCGGAGCUUGCCCUGCUGAUUGUCAAGAUUUUGGUACUAACAUCAACAGUGCUGUUGGAUGCGCUUCUGGUGCUGCGAUAUCGCUGCGACGGCCGCGUGAAUCAAUUGCAGUGCUCUGUUCCGUCCAGCAGAGCGAAAUUCUCACUAUGGAGACACAUAUUGCUGGUACUGGAGCUAAUUAUCUGCAGCUUCCACAUUCCGCCAGGACUUGGCGGAAAGUUUGAGAUCAUGCAACUACACGGACAGUUAAGUCGACACGAUAACUCGAUCUGCGAAUCUUUGCAGCGAGGGAUUGAAACUGUGAAAAGAGGAGAGGCGUGUUAUGUGGUGUAUCAGUACCCUGUGGAGGUUCUGGGUGUGUUCAUGGUGGCGAGGUUGUAUUUGUUAGCGCGAUUUGCUCGUAGCUCGUCGGCCCUGCACUCACCAUGGAUUUCACUCGUGGGCUCGUUGAACGGAGUGGAUGCGAUGAAGCCAUUUUUUCACUUUAAGACCAUUUUCAAGUUGCAUCCGCUUAAUAUUCUACUGCCACUAAUAGCGCUAAUUACGCUGCUUACGGCUGCAAUUGUGCGUGUCCUGGAGCGACCUGUCCAAGCUGCCUUUGACAGCUACUGGAAGGUUGUCUGGUUUACAAUCACCACUCUGGUACGUGCAUUUCUUUUUAGACGUUCAAGUGUGCGAUAA